AUGAGGUCUCAUUAUCCCUACUUUUUACUCUUAAUCACAAUCAGUAUCUCUGUCCUCCCCCGGGCCACAGGAUCAAUAGUACCAGGACUAACAGGUAAAUGUCCUCAUGCUCUACCUGGGAAAAUCUGCCUGGGGAUAGUUAGUCGGUGUGCGUCGGAUAGAGAAUGCAAAUGGGGUGAAAAGUGCUGUGACAAUGGCUGCGGGAAGUCCUGCAUAAAAGUCCGAGGGGAUUUUCCAGGAGGAGACUUUCAACAAUUUCCACCACACAAGCCACCAGUAUUUCCAAAGCCUAAAGCAACGUGCCCCAGCCAUGUAAUGAAGUUUCGCUGCCUAGGGAAAAUUCGGGAUGAGUGUCAGGCUGAUACGGAUUGUGGCUGGAAUGAAAAGUGCUGUGAUAAUGGCUGUGAAAUGGUUUGCACUAAUGGCGAGGAACAAGGUAUUCCAAAAGAGCCACCGUUCAAACCCCCGAAACUCCCAAAGCCUGAAGGUAUACUUCCAACUCUUAAACCACUCUUACCUAGACCACCAAAAAUCCCUGUCUUAAAACCGAAACCACAACCUCCCAUAAUAGACCCACCAGUGCCACCCUUUCCUUUUCCCAUACCUGAACCAAAGAGGCCACAUUUUCCACCAUUUUGGGACCCUCCUGCACCUGAACCACAACCUCCCAUAAAAGACCCACCAGUCCCACCUUUUCCUUUUCCCAUACCUCCUGAACCAGAGAGGCCACGUUUUCCACCAUUUUGGGACCCUCAACCUGAACCCUAUUACCCAGAUCAACCGGAACCUAUAGAUGUUGUUAAAUAUAUACCAUAAGACUGGAAUUAACACUCUGCAUAGAAAUGAAGAUUGUUCUACUCAACUCUAAAAGAACAAGCCAUUGAGCCGCAAGACGUAGAUCCUUUUAAUAUAAAUAAAAUGUCUUUACAGAA